CCGGGCGGGCGCGGGGCCAUGGCUGCGGGGCACGGGGCGCAGGGCUGCGGCAGCGGCGCGUUGCUGGGCCGCUUCGGCGUCCUGCUGCAGGCGCUGCUCGCCCUCUGCGCCUUCAGCACCCUCAUGCUGAAACGAUUUAGGGAACCAAAGGAAGAGAGACGGCCCUGGAGGAUAUGGUUUUAUGAUACUUCCAAGCAAGCAAUAGGUGCUAUUUUCAUCCACUUUGCCAAUGUUUUUCUGUCAGACCUCACUGAAGAGGACCCUUGCUCUCUCUACCUUAUUAAUUUCAUCCUUGAUGCCACGCUGGGGAUGCUGCUGAUCUGGUUUGGUGUCAAAGUUGUCUCCUGGGUCGUGCAGCGGAAGAAGUACACGUGCCUGGUCUUUGGAGAAUAUGGUGACCCUCCCCAAGCUGCUGCCUGGAUUGGCCAGUGUGUCCUCUAUUUCCUGAUAAUGGUUUUUGAGAAGACUGUGAUUAGCCUUGUCUUGCUUAUCCCUGGUUGGACGAAGCUUCAGCAGAUCCUCCUGGGUUAUAUCCCAAACCCUCAGCUGGAGCUCGUCCUUGUCAUGCUUGUUGUGCCUUUCAUAGUCAAUGCUAUUAUGUUCUGGGUUGUGGACAGCUUGAUCAUGAGGAAAUACAAGCAGAAGGAUACCCUAGACAUCAAUGGAUCUAUAGAAAGUCCUUGGCCUAGGAGGACUGAGGAAUCUCAGGUGCUACUCUCUCCAGACGUGGAUUUUGAUCAGUCUGAAAGCGACCAAGAUAUUUCAGGACUGCAGGGAACAAACCAGAAGAUGAAGCAGCCCAGCUAUCAAGUGGUCAUCUGACAGCACUGAGAUGAGGGAGGUGGAGGAAGGGAAGCAGCACUGUGAUCCUUGAGCUGGCUGAGGAGAGGUGGGGUGGGCAAUGCGAGUCCAUCCCUAUGGAUCUGCAGAGAUCCUUUUCUCCUGCCUUAUCAAGGCCUGUCCUUCUGCAAUUGUCUCUUUGGGAUGGUGUCUGUGUAUGCUCUACAAGCUCAAGCAGUAUCUGCUUGACCUGCCUGGUCCUGACCUUUACACAUGCAGGCACAUUGAGGGCUAGGGGUAUGGAUACGUGCUUGCCCUGGCUUGGGCAGCUGGGUGUAACUUUUUAUCAGGGCUAGAAACAGAAAUCAAAAGACUUGUCUGCUUUCUUUUUUACAGAAAAUAGUAAAAAACAAUCUGUCCUGUACUAUCUGAAAUGUGACACUUUUAUAUUCACAGUUCUCAAAGAAUUGGUUUGCAAGAUGUGUUUGAAUGUCUUGGAUUGGGAAGAUGGUCUCAGUGGAUCUGAUGCUUUUUACAGUUUUAUAAGGACUGCAAUAAAUA